AUGGCCGCCUUCGCGACAACGUCGGACCCCACCUUUCAGCUACCCCGCCUGCUGUGUUUACAUGGCGGCGGUGUGACUGCCGAAGUCUUCCGCCUGCAAGCGCGCGCUUUCGUCUCAGCCUUGAGCCCCUACUUCCGCCUCGUCUUCGCCGACGGCCCAUUCUUUUGCGACGCCGGCCCUGGCGUGUUGCCUGUGUAUGCCGACUUGGGACCUUACCGACGCUGGCUGCGCUGGCAACCUCAUCAUCUAGACGUUGAUUCAGAAACCACUGUCGAGGAAAUUCGGUACCAGCUGGAGCUUGCCAUGGAAGAAGACGAUAGGCGUGGGGCAGUAGGCGAGUGGGCGGGCUUUCUAGGCUUCAGCCAAGGUGGAAAGCUAGCAGCGAGUUUGCUGUUUGAGGCUCAGAAGAGGAGGGAGAGGAGGGAAGGGAAGAUUGAUGGUGAGGAGACGAUGCUAUGGAAGCAGAACUGGCGGUUUGCUGUCUGCAUGGCCGCCAGAGCGCCGCUCGUUGCCUUGUCGCCGGGCAGCGAAAAAAUCUCAUCAUUUGUGUCUGCAGGUGGUGUUUCGGAGGGCUUCGAUUUCGAGGCUGCCGGUAAACCCGGGCCGGAAGCGUUGCUAAGAGCGCCGACGCUGCAUAUUCAUGGGCUGAAGGAUCCGGGUCUGCAUCUACAUCAGAUACUACUGGAUGCGUACUGCGCACCAGGCAGCGCUACGUUAGUCGAAUGGGAUGGCGACCAUAGAGUGCCUCUGAAGGCGAAGGAUAUGGAAGGCAUCACAAGGGCGAUCUUGGAGACGGCAAAGAAGGGUGGUGUGGAGCCGGGCAAAAAGCAAGACCUUGAGACGUAG